CUCUACACUUCUGAAUCAUCCAUCCACGUUUAGAUUAACGUGGCGGUGAGCUUGGAUCAUGAUGACUUUCGAUGCAAGUUUCCCACCAGUAGCCCGUGUGGAACCUUAGACUGGAUGCCGGGUAAUCUAUCUAUCCAUUAUCUAUCGUUGUCCACUGUUUGCCGACCAUUUUCACCCAGUUUCAAACAUUGACUCAAACUGAACUACCCACAGCUUCAGAAUCGUUUUUCAUUACAGUGCAAGGUUUUACGUGCGAAGGAAGAAAAUAAAACGAAUGCGGCCAAUCGAUAUUUCAAUGCAAGUACAUCGACAACCACUUCUAUGCCAAAGGUGCCAGCAGGUUCUCAAUGUUCCCAAUACUCGCCGAUUCCAUAUGCUUGAACCUCGAUUUCUUCGAAGCGAUUACGUACCCUCCGAGAUAGAGAUAUCUCAUUUGACCAAGGUUUUGAUGGAAGCGGAGAAACAAGUUGAGCAGUACGAGAAAGAUAUUUCGGUUUUGCGACGAAAGUUGGAUCAGCUGGAGAAGGAAAAGAUCACUGCAGAAGCCGUCACAGAGCAGUGUCGUGCCAGUCUCUCUGUGCAUCGACGGGUACCCGUGGAGAUCUGGGAGCUGAUCUUUUCUAGAUUAUGCCUGUCGCUGCACGACUAUCCGUUCGAUACCAACUUGUUGCCAGGACUCCCUGCCAUCCUCAUCUCCCAAGUUUGCUCACGUUGGAAGGCCAUCGCUGGCAGACUGUCCAGUAUCUGGUCUUCUAUCAACGUCCACUUGGACGAGCUUUACGACAUCAGGCUUCCCCUCGAGACCUACCUAUCGAAUUCGGCUGGUUAUCCUUUGAAGAUACGGAUCGCAGGCCAAAGCAAUGCUCCCCUCACGCCACAAGGCGUUGACGUUUGGCAGAUGUUGUUCAAACACAUUAACAGAUGCAGAGAGCUCGUUAUGGCGAUUGUUCUUUUCUGUUUUAAUGAAAAUCAUUCCCCACCAGUUUCGAAUUUUAACUUUUCCAAGCUUGAAUCACUGCACGAAGAAAAUGUUAUCCCUGGUCAAUGUGAAUGGCCCUGGUUCUGGCAAGCUAUCCAGGAGGCACCGAAACUUACCACCGUUACCUCCUUAGACUCCAAUCGCACGCUACCUUUUUCUCGGCUAACCACAUGA